CAAAGUUUCAACAAUAAUCAACAUGGAUAUGAGUCUGAUCAGGUCCACAGCAAUCGUUUUAUUCUUACUUUUGCUUUCUGGUUCUGCUCAAUCCAUUGUCUUUGAUAUAAGAACAUUUGGUGGAGCACCAAAUUCGGAUAUAACACAGGCUUUCUUAAAUGCUUGGAAACAAGCAUGUGCAUCAACAAGUCCAAGCAAAAUUGUGAUUUCUAAAGCGACAUACAAGAUGAAUGCAGUAAAUGUUAAAGGUCCUUGUAAGGCUCCCAUAGAGAUUCAAGUUGAUGGCACAAUUCAAGCACCAACAGACCCAAAUGCCCUUAAUGGGGCUUUUCAAUGGGUUACAAUUGGAUAUGUUGACUAUUUUACCUUAUCAGGAAAUGGUACUUUUGAUGGUCGAGGUGCAAGUGCUUGGAAACUUCAAAAAGCUUGCGGAGCAACUUGCUCAAAGCGUUCCAUGAACAUUGGUUUUAAUUUUCUAAAGCAUUCAACUGUUCGGAGUGUAACUUCAAAAGACAGCAAAUUUUUUCAUGUAACCCUUUUGGGAUGCACCAACUUCACAUUUGAUGGCUUUAAGAUCAUCGCUCCAGGUGAUAGCAUUAGCAUCAACACAGAUGGAAUCCAUAUUGCGAAAUCAACUGAUGUGAAAAUUCUUAAUAGCAACAUUGCCACCGGAGAUGACUGUGUCUCAUUGGGAGAUGGCAACAAACACAUUACUAUCCAUAACGUGAAAUGUGGACCUGGACAUGGCUUUAGUAUUGGAAGCUUGGGAACGAACCCAACUGAAGAGCCUGUUGAGAAUAUUAUAGUCAAGAAUUGUACUUUGACAAAUACCCAAAAUGGUGUAAGGAUCAAGACAUGGCCUACUGCUCCAGGAACAUCUCCUGUUACCAACUUGACCUUUGAAGAUAUUACCAUGGUUAAUGUCUAUAACCCCGUGAUCAUAGACCAACAAUACUGUCCUUCUAAUUUAUGCUCAAAACAGAGUCCAUCAAAAAUCAAGAUAAGCAAUGUUACAUUCAAGAACAUUAAGGGCACAUCAGAAACAAAGGAUGGAGUGAUUCUUAACUGUAGCAGUGGGGUUCCAUGUGAGGGUGUGGAACUAAGUGAUAUUUCUCUCACAUUCAAUGGAGCUCCAGCAAUGGCAAAGUGUGCAAAUGUCAAACCCAUUAUUAUAGGAAAAGCCCCUAGUUGUAGUGCUUGAAGUCUUGGAUGGACUCAAUGUCCUCUGAUUAACAUUGCCUUUUGUUUUCUCUUAGUAGAUUCACAAAGCUAGCCUUAGAAUGUGACUAUUAUUUGUAAUCCCUAGUGAAGAAUCAAUUGG